CUUCUCUCUUUUGUACACAAAUUAUCUCUGCAUUUCUGUUCUAAUCCUCUGUUUUAAUCCACAGCUUAAUUAUGGAGAUCCAUCUCCUGCGUAUUUUCGCUUUUCUUGCUCUUGCACUGGUGACGAGCCAUGCUGCUCUGGCUCCUGAAGAAUACUGGAAAUCUGUUCUGCCAAACACUCCGAUGCCUAAAUCUGUUAGUGAUCUUCUACACGAAGAUCUGAUAGACGGGAAGAGCACUUCCGUUGAUGUGGGGAAGGGCGGUGUUCAUGUUGACGCCGGAAAAGGGAAGCCUGGCGGCACUUCCGUUAAUGUUGGAGGGAAGGGUGGCGGCGUCGAUGUUCAUACCGGAAAUGGAAAGCCCGGAGGCACUUCCGUUAAUGUAGGGAAGGGUGGCGUCGGAGUUGAUACUGGAAAAGGAAAGCCCGGGGGCACCAGUGUCGGUGUUGGCAAAGGAGGAGUAUCUGUGCACACAGGCCACAAGGGAAAGAAGCCUGUGAUUGUCAAGGUAAAUCCAGCUGGUUCGCCCUUCAUUUAUAAUUAUGCUGCCACGGAGGAUCAACUCCAUGAUAACCCCAACGUAGCUCUUUUCUUCCUGGAAAAGAGCAUGCAUCCCGGCGCAGAAAUGAACCUGUACUUCACCAAAAGCUCAGAGACGGCGGCGUUUUUGCCCCGACGUGUUUCAGAAUCAAUACCCUUCUCAUCCAACAAGAUGCCAGAAAUUCUAAACCGGUUUUCUGUGAAACCCGGUUCAACGGAAGCUGGGCUAAUGGAGAAAACAAUCAAAGAAUGCGAAGAACCGGGCAUUAGAGGGGAGGAAAAGUACUGCGCAACAUCGUUAGAAUCAAUGGUGGAUUUCAGCACUUCAAAGCUCGGAAAAGACGUGAACGCAAUCUCCACAGAGGUGGGAAAAGAGACCCAGUUGCAGAAAUACACCAUAGCUCCAGGGUUGAAGAAGAUGGGAGGAAAGAAAGCUGUCGUGUGCCACAAGCAAAGCUACGCAUAUGCGGUGUUUUACUGCCACUCGACGGAGACGACGAGGGCUUAUGUUGUGCCGCUGGAGGGCGCCGACGGGAGCAAAGCUAAAGCGGUGGCGAUCUGCCAUACCGACACGUCAGCGUGGAACCCGAAUCAUUUGGCUUUCCAAGUGCUGAAGGUGAAGCCGGGGAGUGUUCCGGUGUGCCAUUUCCUUCCUGAGGAUCAUAUUGUGUGGACGCAGAACUAGAUCGUCUCUUGCGUUUGAAAUUAACGAUAUUAUAUUAUAUAUGUACUUUCCAUAUAAAUCCCGCUGCAUUUUGCUACACUACAUGUUUAAUUAAAUAAUAUUCUAUAUAUAUUUGGGUAGGACGACGUAUAUUUUAGUCGUUAAUAAAUACAUCCUUAGGCUUUAUUACGCCAUUUUCUUUC